UCUGGUGACAACCUUUCAAAAAAAGUCGUAAAAAACAGUAGGGAAAAGGGAGUGAGCGAGAGGGGAGUCUCUCAGUUUGACGGGUUUCCUCGUGACAAGAAGACGACUUGUUAAGCCGAAAAAUCCAGUAGCAACAAUCGGAGCUGUUAACGGAAACUAAAUUGUUACAAAAUAUCGUUUUAUUUAUGUCAGAGUGGGAGGUCAAUUAAUUAUGGUCUCGGUGAUGCAACCGUUUAUGGAUGUCGAGAGUUCGAGAAGCUACAUCGACGAGUUGUACUCGCCGGAUCCUCAGAAGUGUCUCGAGGCGAUAAUUUGCCUAAAGAACUCCGUGAUAGGAAGCAACCGCCAGAAAGGUUCUGUGAUAGCCCAGGGUGUGGUCCCCCGUCUCCUGCAGCUGCUCUCGGACACAUCAGGAUCGGUGGGCGAGCGAAUCCGCCUGGAGUCAGUGGUGACGCUGGGCUCCCUGGGGAAAGGCACGGACCAGCACGUCCUCGCGCUGAUCGACCUGGGAGUGGUCCCCCUGAUCCUCCAGGUGCUCCUCUCGACGCCGACCUCCCCAGGAAACGACAAGCUCUCGGACCACCUGAUCGAGGCGUGCCUCAGAUGUCUGCGAACAGUCUUCCAGCACUCGAGUGCGCCAGUGCAGACGAUUUACCAGGAGCCAGCGCUGGUCCCCCGCCUGUUGUCCCUAGCCAGCAGAUCGGUGACCUGCCAGGUGUGCGUGGCAACGAUCCUGACGACAGCCUGCAAAUCAGCGGACGAGCAGAACUCCCUGAUGAAGGGUGGAGCAGUGGAGACCCUGGCCUCUCAACUGGACUCAUCCCUGCCAGACGUCCAGCUGCCUGCGCUCGCCUGUCUCGCCAACAUGUGCUACCAGAACAGAACGGUGUCGACGAUGGUGGCGAACGUGACGACAGGCAAGGAGCCAAGCCUCAAGCCCCUGCCAGCCCUCCUGGGGAGCCUCAUGGGGAGGGAGAGGAGCUCAGUGGUGCAGCUGGAGGCAGCUCGCUGCAUCUCCUACAUGCACAGGGCUGGGGCCCUCCCCUCGACCGACAGAAUCGUGAUAUAUCGAGCCCUGCCAUGUCUGGUGAGGCUCUGCCAUCGAGACAGGCCUCCCAGGGAGAGGAUAGCAGCCGCCGAGACCCUGGCCUACCUCACCGAAGUGGACAUCGAGCUCCAGAGGCUGGCCUCCAUCAGCAAUCACCUUAUUCCCACCCUCGCCGAACUGCUGAGGCCCCAUCCCCAGGUCCAGGAUGCCGCCCUCGCUCAGGACAUGCGCCAGGCUGCCUUCCGGGCUUUUGCCUCACUGGGGGCUAACGACGAGGACAUCAGGAAGAAGAUCAUCGAGACUGAGAAUCUCAUGGAGCUCGUUGUCAGUGGACUGCAGGAUCCUGGGGGACCCAGGGUCAGACUGGCUGCUGUCAGGUGCCUCCACUCGUUGUCCAGGAGUGUUCAGCAGCUCAGGACGACCUUUCAGGAUCACGCGGUCUGGAGACCACUCAUGCAACUUCUUCAUGGAGCUGACAAGGGACUCGAGGGCAGGGAUGGCGAGGAGGAUCUGCUCACUGUUGCCUCCAGUACUUUGUGCAAUUUACUUUUAGAGUUUAGCCCCAGUAAAGAGCCCAUUCUGGAGUCUGGGGGGGUUGAACUGCUGUGCUCGUUGACCAAACGACCUGAUCCCGCGCUCAGGCUCAAUGGGAUUUGGGCGCUGAUGAAUGUCGCUUUUCAGGCUGAGCAGAGGGUCAAGUCCCAGAUUUUGUCUUGUCUUGGGACUGAUCAGAUCUUUCGGCUGCUUGCGGAUCCGGAGCUGGGGGUUGUUAUGAAGGUCUUGGGGUUGCUCAGGAAUUUAUUGAGCACUAAGGCACAUAUCGAUCGGAUUAUGGAUGAACAUGCGGCGCAGGUCAUGCAGGCGGUUAUUCUUGUUCUGGAGGAUGAUCAUCCCGCUGAUGUCAAGGAGCAGGCACUGUGUAUUCUGGCUAAUGUCGCCGAUGGCGACAGGGCGAGGGAUCAUAUCAUGGCGAAUGAGGAUGUUCUUAAGAAACUUAUGGAUUAUAUGAUGCAUACCAAUGUUAAACUGAACAUUGCCGCUAUCUUCUGCGUUUGUAAUUUGGUGUGGAGGGAGGAACCUGGUGCUGAGCAGCGUCAAGCGCGUCUACGAGAGUUGGGGUUUUAUAGAAUUCUUCAGCAGUUGCGGUUGAACAAAGAUUCACAGCUGUUUGAUAGGGUGAAGACCGCACUGGCCCAGUUUCUCGAUCCGUAAGCCCCUGUGUUACGAAACGCGCAUUAUUUUUUCAGCUUCCAUCAUAAUCUACUGACUCUCAACCACAAAGUAAAACUCUGUGAUUCCCCAAGAAGUAGAGAACGUCGCAGUAUCAUCAUAGAAAGAGAAAACGAAAUUAAUCACGUUAAAAAAAACAAUGAUUUUACUGAACUGAGUUUCUCAGACGCCCCUAGUCCCCUCACCCCCUUAAUUUAUUUGAAUAAUGAGCUGUUGACCCACGUAAACGGCCAAAUAAGUGAUUUUGUGAAUGAUUUUCAAUCCAUACUGUACAAAUUCUUUUUUAAUCAGUAACAUUGCACCGUCUCGAUAUAUUAUAUUAUUUGUUUUCCAAUUUUUAUUAUAAUUUUGUGUAUAGUAAAUUUUACCAUUCGAUACUUAACUGACAACAAAGGAAUACAGUCAUUAUACCCAAAAAAAAACAAACUUACAAAAUAGGAGAUUAAAAUCCUCAAUUUUCAAAUGAAAAACAAUGGCGGACUCAUGAGUGACUAGUUGAUUAACGACAUGAAGUAGUUUAUAUAAUUUUUCAUUUUCAAAUGCUUAAAAAUCUUUGGUAGAAACAUUAAUUCAAUGACCUUGAAAAAUGCUGUUGGAAUGUUGAAGAAAUCAUUAAGUACAGUCUGGGGUGUUAAUGAUCGAUGAAUUGUGAUCUAGGCUGGAGCAUUGUCACUCGAUUUGGAUAGACUCUCGAUUGGAUUGUUCGCAAGGGGAUCCAAUUCAGCGAAGAGGUCCAGCCAUGAAUUUCCCUUUUGCUUUCCCUUCUUCGGUUGCUGAAAAAAUUCGCUGAAUUUAAUUUGCAGUCUGUGGAGGAAUGGGACGACUGAUAGAUAGACAAUUCAUGAUUUAGUUUAAUUUUUACGGGAAAAAUGUCUCAGUAAAAAAAAAAUUAACGAUUUUUUUUAUGAAACAGUUUCUAUUGAACAUUUUUAAUUAAAAAAAAAAGCGAGGUAAAGCUCGAGAAUUCUUUAAUGGAAUCGGCCAAAAACUAUUGGAAUUUUCAAUAGAAAUCGAAUAGAAUUUUCUUCGUACGUUUUUCACUCAUAACUUAACGAUUUUUUUGUGUAAUUAUUUUAUUCUAAAUCUUUCCGAGACCGUGAAAAUGUCUAUUUAUCAGUCAUUUCCCUGAGAAUAUCCCCCAAAUCCUCACUUUCUCGUCGGCCACUGGUUUCGACGUCUUCCCAAGUGUCGCAUCCCCAAGACUCUGCUUCAGAAUCCCCGGAGGCAAGAACGUGUCAUUCGCCAUGGCAUCCCAGUCGGUAUUACCUGUCGGUUCGCUAUUCAGAAUAUCAUCCAGCAGCUGAAAAUUCUCGGAGGUCAAGAGCUGAAGGGACUCCUGACUCGACUCCUGCUGGUUGGAGGACCCCAAGGACGUUUUAUCUGUGAAGUCAAAGCUCAAGGGGCCACCGACGAACGAGUCCAUCACCAGGUCCAGCUCUGCCAGACUCUUCUCGAGUUCAGUCGUGUGAUUGACGUCCAUAGGGCGAUUGUCACUUCCCUGAAAAAAUUUAAUGAAAAAAUGCUCAUCUGGAU